UUUCCUUCUCUACAAGGCAAGAAUUUGCCUGUGUCACGGCACUUGAACCUCCUUCAAUUUGGCGCACUAAUCCUAAAAUAAGGCAUGAAGUGUUAAAUGUUAGAAACACACAGAAUUGCUCUCAGACAAGGAGAAAGUGAGGGAGAAAACGGAGGAGAGAGAGACGCACGCGCUGCUCUAGUGCGUAUGUGCAGAGACUGCAUAAAGAGAGAGAGAAAAAUAACUAAAAACGUGCGCCGCACAAUUAGGCUAGAAACCCUCGGUUUUUUUCUCCUCAUUUUUUGGAAGAUAAAAUAAAUAAAGAAAUCAAGCUGUCUCAGUGCAUGUCACAGCAGCCCGCUUUGACAGGUGCUGCUCAGCCCCUUUGGAGGACUGCUUUCAGCAGCAGCAGGAUGGCAUCAGAACUGGCAAUGAGCAACUCCGACCUGCCCACCAGUCCCCUGGCCAUGGAAUAUGUUAAUGACUUCGAUCUGAUGAAGUUUGAAGUGAAAAAGGAGCCGGUGGAGCCGGAUCGCAGCAUCAGCCAGUGCAGCCGCCUGAUCGCCGGGGGAUCCUUGUCUUCCACCCCGAUGAGCACGCCUUGCAGCUCGGUUCCCCCUUCCCCAAGCUUUUCGGCGCCCAGCCCAGGCUCCGGGAGCGAGCAGAAGGCUCACCUGGAGGAUUUCUACUGGAUGAGCGGCUACCAACAGCAGCUGAAUCCCGAAGCGCUGGGCUUCAGCCCCGAAGACGCAGUAGAGGCGCUGAUCAGCAGCAGCCACCAUCUCCAGUCCUUCGAUGGCUAUGCUAGAGGGCAGCAGUUCGCCGGGGUGGCCGGGGCAGGAGGUGGCAUGGCCGGGGAGGAGAUGGGCUCAGCAGCCGCUGUGGUAUCGGCUGUUAUCGCUGCAGCGGCAGCGCAGAAUGGAGGUCCCCACCACCAUCACCACCACCACCACCACACCGCGGGACACCACCCCUCCACCGGGGUCCCGUCCAACGCCAGCUCGGCGGGUAGCCACCAGCACAUGGGACACCUGGACCUGGACGACCGGUUUUCGGACGACCAGCUGGUAACCAUGUCAGUACGGGAGCUGAACCGACAACUGCGCGGGGUCAGCAAGGAGGAGGUGAUCCGGCUGAAACAGAAGAGGAGGACCCUAAAGAACAGAGGCUAUGCCCAGUCCUGCCGCUACAAGCGGGUGCAGCAGAGACAUGUUCUGGAGGGCGAGAAGACGCAGCUGAUCCAGCAAGUGGACCACCUCAAGGCGGAGAUAUCGCGGCUGGCCAGGGAGCGGGACGCAUACAAGGACAAGUACGAGAAGCUCAUCACCAACGGCUUCAGGGAAAACGGAUCCAGCAGCGACAACACCCCCUCGUCUCCAGAGUUUUUCAUGACGUCGAGAAAGUUCCUCCAUCUGUGAUAGUGACCCCUGAACCCUGCCUCUGACCACUGACCUGGAGUCUGAGAAACCAUGACAGAGGAAUGCUGAUGUCUUAACAACAUCGCUCCACGGCACCAGAAUGCCACAAAGCACAACGUCCA